CGGGCUCGGUCGGGAGAUAGCAAAAACACUUGACAAAUACCACGAAACCACGUGACUGUGCCGGAGGUUUCCUCCCCUGGGGAAAAGAGUGAAGAUCCGGAAAGGAACUUAAAGAUGUCGGCGGUCGUAGUCGUACAUGGUGGAGCGUGGGCCAUACCUGAUGACCUGGCCAAGGCCUCUGUGGACGGAGUAAAGGCCGCGGCAUGUGAAGGACAUUCAGUGCUGAAAAGAGGAGGGAGUGCGCUGGAUGCUGUGGAGGCCGCUGUGAGGGCUCUGGAAGAUAACACUGUGUUUAAUGCAGGGCACGGAGGAACGCUAAACACUGAAGGAGAAGUGGAGCUGGACGCCAUAAUCAUGGAUGGACGGACUCUUGGGAAUGGUGCGGUGUCUUCUGCAAAGAACAUCGCCCACCCUGUGACACUGGCACGGGCGGUGAUGGAGAAGACUUCUCACUGCAUGCUGACAAGCAGAGGAGCAAACCAGUUUGCAGAGAGCAUCGGCAUGGCGACAGUUCCCACUGAAACAAUGGUGACUGAGUACGAGAGGAAAGAAUGGGAGAAGCACAAGAACUAUGUUACAGGAGUAAUGGAGGAUUUCAACGCUCAGUGGGCUCAUGAUACUGUUGGAGCAGUUGCGGUGGACUGUUCUGGUAACGUUGCAUGUGCAACAUCAACCGGAGGGAUCAGAAAUAAAAUGGUUGGCAGAGUAGGAGAUUCUCCAAUCAUUGGUUCUGGAGGAUACGCAGACAACCUCAGUGGUGCCGUUUCAUGUACCGGUCAUGGAGAGUCUAUUCUGAAAGUCACACUGGCCAGACUCAUUAUUUCACAUAUUGAGCAAGGUAAAUCAGUGGCAGAUUCUUCACAGCUGUCUCUGCAGUACAUGGGAAACCGUGUGCAUGGUGCAGGAGGCGCUAUUGUAGUGUCUCCAUCAGGACAGUGGGCUGCCACGUUCACCACAGAGCGGAUGGCAUGGGCAGCCGUGGAUCAUGAUGUUCUGUGGUUUGGAUUAGACCCAAAUCAAAGAAGUAAAGAGCAGCUAUCCAAUUAGCAAUUUAAUGCUAUCACUCCUAUUAUUUUAAGUUCUGAGCUGUAGGGCACUUCAUCUCUUACAUUUAUUUACAAGCUGGAAGUAUGAUUUGGAUCAUUGGUUUGUCUUGGCAGACAUGUUCUACUUUAGUUUUUAAGCCAAUUAAAAUGAAUAAUGUUCCAUUUUAAACCCCUAAACUCAAAGGGUUGUACUGUAGGUAUUCAUAUUUAAUGUAGUUGAUUUUGACUGCAGUGUACUUUAAAAUAUGUUCAUGAACUGUGUCCUUGACUGUUGUUAUUUUUUAACUCUGGACUAAACACUCUUCAGUGUAGCCGUAUUUUCUGAAAGCAGUUAGUUAUUGCACUGGAUGAAAAAAACUACUUGAUAUGCCAAUAAUGUUUGAUAUCUAGUUAUAAUGUGUUUUCAUUUAAAAAGGCUAUAAAAGCUGUUAUUAUCAAUAAAAAAAUAAAACAUA